AACAGGAUUUAAUGACUUGCCCAGGGUCACACAGCUAAAAAGUGUCUGGAUCAGAUUUGGAUUCAGGAAGAUGAGACUUAUUGAUUCCAGACUCAGGGCUCUUUCUGUUGAUCAACUAGCUACCCUUGCCAUCCAUCAUAUAACCCUCACACAUAAUUGGGCAAAAUGGCUUUUUAGAUCAUUCAUGCAGCUCUUUGAUUUAAGUUAAGAAUUCUCAUUAUUUCCAUUAUUGUUAUUGGUCAUUCUCUUUUUCUUUUUAAGUUAAACUAGCCAAUGGUUUAUCUACUUUAUUGGCAUUUUUAAAAAGAACUAAUUUUAUUAACUUAUUUUCUUUUUCACUUUUGUUGAGCUAUUCGUUGAUUUCUAGGAAGAAAGUCAGAGCCCUAUCCAUGCAGCAACUCAUUCAAAUGAUGAGGACAUUACACAUUUGACUAAGCACAGACAACAGCUAUCAGUACAUUGAGAAGGAGUCUGGAACACAAGGUUCAUGAUGUCAUCUAACCUCAUCACCGAGUUGAGCACCAUAAACCCGACUUCUGAAAUGCCCCCAAACCAGACUUCUGGACCGAAUGCCCCACAAAUCAAUCCAUACGCCGCUUUCGAUGAAUUUGUGAGGUGCCUUACUCUGUUCACAUGCCUUUGUGGAGCAGUGGGGAAUGGAAUCGUUCUCUGGCUUCUCACUUUCCACAUUAAAAGGACCUCCUUCUCAUUCUACGUCCUCAACUUAGCUGGUAGUGAUUUCACCUACCUCUUCUUGGAAGUAAUUUGGGUAAUCAAUUAUCUCAUAUAUCGCCCAAACUUUCAAAAUAUCGUCAAUUUAUUGACAAACAUGGGUCUGCAUGUAACUUUCACAGUGGGUCUGGGCCUGUUGGCGUCAAUCAGCACUCAGCGCUGUCUGUCCAUCCUCUUCCCAAUAUGGUACCGAAAUCACCACCCAAAGAGGGGACCCAUGGUCGUAUGUGGUUUGCUCUGGAUUCUGUCCCUUCUGUUAAAUCCACCAAAGGUUUACUACUGUGUUGUACGGUUUGUAACCCUGUCCCCUUCUGGAUGUGAAUUAAUGAGUAAAUUAUCAGGAACACUGAUGCUUUCGAUGCUUCUGUUGAUGACCCUGUCCAGUCUGAUUCUCUUCAUCAGAAUCUUGUGGAGCGCCAAGAAAUACAAGCCCAAAAAGCUGGUCAUCCUCAUCCUGCUAACAGUCCUUGUGUUCCUCCUCUGUGCUGUCCCUCAUGGCAUCAAUCACUCUGUGUUCAACUGGAAAGCCAUGUACAACCACACCUUUCAUGAGAUCUCCUAUUUCCUCUCUUGUGUGAACAGCAGCGCCAACCCGUUCAUUUACUUCUUCAUUGGGAGCCUCAGACAUCAGAGGCUGAAGGAGCCCCUCAGGGUGGUUCUCCAGAGAGCCCUGAGAGACGACAGUGACCCUUCUGAGGACAGAGGGACUUCCUCUCGGACAGAUACUACCUUGGAUACUGCAGCCUGAGUCUGGACAAGUUGCUAGAGAGACUCUCAAAGACCCUAUCUUUGAGGGUUCUUUUCUUCAGCUUAAACCCAGCCCCAGCCUCUUCCUCAUCAGAAGGGGAAAUAGUGUUUUCUUUCUUAUUUAAUAAGCUUAUUGAUAACUUAUCAUAUACCAAGUUCUGGGCUAUUCUAGGGGGCCAAGGGAAAAAAAUGUUCUUGGGGCAGACAGACAUGUAUAUAGGCAGGUAGCUACAAUGCAGAUGUAAUACAGAUAAAGGUGGGAUCAGGAAAGUUCCCAUCUAGAAAGUGUUGCCUAACUGAAGGAAACUAGGAAUUCUGAGAGGGAGAUUGAGGAAGAAGCACAUUCUACAUAGGAGGAAUAGCCAGGAGAAAGUCAGAGAUAUGGGAGGAUAUAGUGUGAUAUGUGGAAAUGAGGAGGGAGUGAAUUGAAUACCAGGAAGUUGGUGCAAAGCUCAGGGAGAUGGGAGAUGCAGCAUCAUGUCGGGGAAAAAAAUCUGAGUUUGGUUAACAUACUUAACAUAGAAAGGACAGGAAGAUGAUUGGAUCAGAUUGGAUUGGAUCAGAGACAGAGAGAGAGGAGAGGAGCAGAAGCUACUGAACUGGAUAGAAUAUAAAGAAUAAUAAUUCAAGUCCUUCCCCAACUGCUAAGUGAUCAAAGAAUAUGAACAGGCAGUUUUCCAGUGAAGAAAAUUUAACAAUUUAUAAUCCUAUAAAAACACUCUAAACAUUAUUGAAUAGUAAAAUGUGUAUUAAAAUUUUGAGGUACUAUUUUACACCUUUCAGAUUGGCUAAAAUGAUUGAAGGGGAAAAUGACAAAUGUUGAAGAGGAUGUAGAAAAAUCGGGGCAGUAAUUCAUUGUUGAUAGAAUUGUAAAAAUGAUCCAACCACCUUGGAGAACAAUUCAGAAUUAUGCCUCCAAAGUUAUUAAGCUACCUAUACCCUUUGACCCAAAAAUACCUCUACUUGGUCUGUAUUCCAAGAUGAUUAGGGAGAAAGGAAAAGAAUCUAUAUGUUCUAAAAUGUUUACAGCAGCUCUCUUUGUGGUGGCAAAGAAUUGGAAAUUGCAGGGAUGCCCAUCAAAAUGUAGUACAUGAUUGUGGUGGAAUACUACUGUGUU